CGGGAAGUCCUUUGCCACGCGCGUGAUGGGAAGAGCCGCCUAGUUCUUCUUGACUCAUUCAAACUUUUUUUCAUGUAAAUAUUGAUCUGGUUUUAUUGCAGAACGACUUGUUUCUGUGUCCGUGAGACAUCGUGAAGUGACGGAUACCGAUACCCGACUUGACCGGGUAGUUUCUGUUUGUUUUUACUUUCUUUGGGACGGUGACUACUAGCUAGCCGACUCCAUUUCUCACAGUUGGAGGGGCGUGUUGGAGUUAGCAAACAAGCUAACUUUUCCUGGGAUCUAACGGACUUUUACAGUAUUAACGGUCGCUUUUGAACACGGUCUUUUUUCACUCGAUACCUUUUUAUAUUGAGGUAGUGAGAAGUUCACUGUGUGUUUUUGCUACUACACACAGUAGCGGGGGUUCAAUCGGGGGAUUUUCCCGUCGACGUCGCCGGGGUUUAAAUCCUAAAAGAAAAUGUCGAGCUACACUCGCCAUCGGCGCGGAUCUCCGUCUCCUAAAACGGUACCAAUCCGACAAAAACUACAGUUCACCUCCAGCGACGGGGAGGACGAACCCAUAGAGGACGUAAACAACAGCACUGGGGGGGAGUCCGGCUUCACGGAGAUGGAUUCCCCGAUGCCAGUGCGCCGGGACACUGUGGAUAAGCGCCUGGAGGGCAGCAGCAGCCCCCUGAACCAGUCCUGCGGGGACGACGACGUGGAGCUGUGGGACGAGGAGAGCUUUGGCUCCCCGUCUCACCUGGGGUCCCCGAGCAGCGUGAUUUUCGCUCACUGCUCCCCGUCUCCGAGGAAGACAUCCCGGCUGUACCGAGGCUCCCCGGACCGGUCAUACGUGCAGGACGACGGGGAAGCAUCCAGCUCCCCGAUCCCUGACUGCCCCGACACACCUCCACACAAAACCUUCAGAAAACUAAGACUCUUUGACACACCGCACACACCAAAGAGUUUGCUUUCCAAAGCCAGGAGCUCUGGGUCGGGGUCGUCCAGCAGGAGAGUUGCCCUGUUCAAGAAUGUGGAGCCUUCAGGAAAGUCUCUCACAGACAGCAGCAGGAGACAGCAGACACCGCUGGUCAACUUUAACCCUUUCACCCCCGACUCCCUGCUCAUACAGUCCGCCACACAGCACAGGAACAGGAAGAGAGCGCACUGGAAUGACUCCUGUGGAGAAGACAUGGAGGCGAGUGACGGAGAGGGAGAGGAGGAAUUGUUUCCCCCAUCAAAGAGGCUCACCAUGAUGGAGAGCAACAUGAUGUCUCGGUAUGUCUCAGAGUUUCUGGAGCUGGAGAAAAUCGGCUGUGGAGAGUUCGGAGCCGUGUUCAAGUGUGUGAAGAGACUCGAUGGCUGCAUCUACGCCAUCAAGAGAUCCAAGAAACCUCUGGCAGGAUCCAUAGACGAACAGAACGCCUUGCGGGAGGUUUACGCCCAUGCCGUGCUGGGUCAGCACCCCCACGUGGUCCGAUAUUACUCUGCCUGGGCGGAGGACGACCACAUGCUGAUCCAAAACGAGUACUGCAACGGCGGCACGCUGUCCGACGCCAUCGCAGAAAACUACAGGAGGCUCAGCUACCUCACGGAGCUUGAGCUGAAGGAUCUGCUGCUGCAGGUCACACGGGGACUCAAAUACAUCCACUCCACCUCACUGGUGCACAUGGACAUCAAGCCCAGCAACAUCUUUAUCUCUCGGAAGACUGUAUCCAGCUGCGAUGACUGUGAUGAUGAAGAAGGGAUGACCACCAGCGUCGUCUACAAAAUAGGUGAUCUCGGUCAUGUGACUCGGGUGAACAAUCCUCAAGUGGAGGAAGGGGACAGCCGGUACCUCGCCAACGAAGUCUUACAAGAGGACUACAGUAAGUUGACGAAGGCGGACAUCUUUGCUCUGGCUCUGACCGUCGUCAGCGCGUCGGGAGCCGAGCCGCUUCCCACCAACGGAGACAAAUGGCACGAGAUCCGACAGGGAAAACUUCCCAACAUCCCACAAGUACUUUCUCCAGACUUCCUCAGUCUGCUCAAGCUGAUGAUCCACCCCGACCCCAGCAGACGUCCGUCCACGUCGGAGCUCAUCAAACACCCGGUGCUGCUCACGGCGGCGAGGAUGAGCGCCGACCAGCUGCGAGUCGAGCUCAACGCUGAGAAGUUCAAGAACGCUCUGCUACAGAAAGAGCUGAAGAAGGCGCAGCAGGCCCGAGCUGCAGCGGAGGAAAAGGUUUUAUCCACCGACCGGAUCCUGACCCGCUCCACGGUCCUUCCGAACCCCCGAACCUCCAGACUCAUUGGCAAGAAGAUGAACCGCUCCGUCAGCCUCACCAUCUACUGAGACUGAAACACAAAGGCUCAUGUACCUUCUUCAAUCAUAAAUUCAGAUGUAGCGCCAUCGUAGCUCACAUGUUCCCGGGAUCGAAUCCAGCCCGCAGACCGCCUGUCUUUGGGCUUCUGCAGAAACGCUGAAAGGAUAAACUUUAGGGAGAAAGAACCCUGUUGGAUUGGAUCUGUCUCUUUAGCUUUCUUUCCGAGGAGACCCCCGUAACUGUAGAACUCGAUAAACUGUCAUUGCCAACGUAGUUCAACCUAAUACUUUCCCAAUGGACUUAAGACAAAGAAACCGGCAUCCCUGAAAGGUAGCUACUUUACCUUUUCCGCACUCUGUCAUCCCCUGCAAACUCCACCUGCUGAGACUUUAACCACAACAGGAAGUGAAACACAAAGGCUCAAGGACCUCUUUAAUCAGAUAUUGACAGGCAGCCUCUGUCUUUGGUGUACGGUAGAAACUCAACGUAGCUACUUUACGUUUUUCCACACUCAUUCAUUCCUCUGAGUAGACGUCAGGCUCUCUCUCUGUUUCUGUCCUUGCACUUCCCUCGAACAAGCCGAACCGCCUCCUCUUCAGUGUGAAUGUACUUUUCCGUGCGCACCUUACUGCCUGUCGAACGCCUGAUGCGGGGUACCUGAGGGGUCUGAGGAUUUCUGUGUUUGUAAUGGAGCACUUUGGAGGCAACAUCUGGAACUUGCCAGACUUUGUUUGUUUAAAAAUAAAUACUGCUGCUAUUGAUGUUUGUGUGUAUCAGGGUUGGAUCGUUCUAGAGGUCAUUGGCUCUUAUUUUGAAGAAGCAGGAGACCGUUUUCCACCAAACGGUCCCCCCCCCCCCCAUGUAAUCCAAUCGGAUGGAGAAUGGAUCAUGCCAUGUGAGGAAAAUCAUCACUUUGAGCUCUCUCAUGAUCUGUGACGUUAACGUGUGUUUUUCUCGGUGCUGCCAACCCUGCCUGUAGCAUUAGAACAAUCAUCGUCCUGUUCUUUACGUUCUCAUUUGUUUUGUUUUUAUUUCCUCACUGCUUGUCUUUAAUUACUGUUUAGAAAAGUAUUCCUCAUCUUUUUUUUGUUCUAACACAAAACAACGUUUCUGUCGUUGUAACCUUGUACAUAUGUUCUCUAAAUAAAUUCUCACCAUCUUCA